AUGUUGUCUACCAUUUCGCAAAUCUAUGAUCCGUUAGGAUUAUUGUCCCCUGCCGUUAUUAUAUCAAAAAUAUUAUUGCAAAAAUUGUGGCUUAGUAAGUUGGAUUGGGAUACUCCGGUAUCACCUGAAAUAGUCGUAACAUGGAACAAUUUUCUAGCUACAUUUAAUCAUUUAAACGAUUUAAAAAUUCCUCGUCAUGUAAUAGGAGAUGAUCCGCAGCAUGUGGAACUGCACGUUUUUACGGAUGCGUCACAGAGUGCGUAUGGAGCGUGUGCCUAUAUCCGCACUUACAGUGACAAUUCGGAUGUCACUGUAAAAUUAUUGUGUGCAAAAAGCAAGGUUGCACCAUUGAAGUCGAUUACCAUACCAAGGUUAGAGCUCUGUGGCGCACUAGUAGGUGCAAAACUUUACAAAAAGGUGAUCGAAUCUUUACGGCUAACUUUCAACCGGGUCUUCUUCUGGACCGACUCUACUAUUGUCAUCAGUUGGGUCCAGAUGUCUCCGCAUUUACUGAAACCGUUCGUACAAAAUCGGGUCACAGAAAUAAACGAACUUACGAAUGACUCUAUCUGGUUCCAUGUUGCUAGUGGAGACAAUCCAGCUGACCUAUUAUCGAGAGGGCUAAAUCUCGACAUGUUGGCUAGUUGUGAUCUGUGGUGGACCGGUCCGCCUUAUCUACGAAAUCAUCGUUUCAACAUUCAGGAUCAUGUAAAAAGUUUCGGUAACGAUAAACCUUACAUAAACGUUUUACCAGAGUUAAGGUCUCAAGACGCAUCUAAUUUUAUUUGUGUUCGUUCAGAAGUUUUUAUUCAAUUUGAAAAUUAUUCAUCUUUCAACAAGUUAAGACGUACUUGGGCAUAUGUAUUACGUUUUCUGAACAACACACGUAACCGUAUCCACCGCAGUGAUAAGUCAAUUGAUCAACUUGAUUGUCUAUCCGUAGACGAAUUGAAUGCGUCGGAACUCAUUUUAGCUAAAUUCGCCCAGAUGCAAUCGUUUCCAGAAUUAUACGAACGAUUGUUAAGUAAUUUACCAAUUAAAUCCAACGGCAAGAAGAUGAAUUGUAUAUCCGGUUUGAAUGUAUUCUUAGAUGCUCAAAACAUAAUACGCGUUGGUGGUAGACUAGGUAACGCAACUACUUUCGAUUAUGACAAGAAACAUCCUAUACUUUUGUGUAACAAACACCAUUUUUCACCUCUCACGCCUGGCCAUUUCCUUAUUGGCCGACCAUUAACUGCUCCGCCAGUCGAGAGUUUACUGGACGUCUCUACCUCAAGACUAUCUCGCUACCAUUACAUUGAGCAGCUACGUCAACAAUUCUGGCAGCGCUGGUCCCGAGAAUAUGUGUCCGAACUUCAACAAAGGACUAAGUGGAAGACGCAACAGAAGGACAUUAAACUGGACGCUUUAGUCAUUUUAAAGGACGACAAUUUACCGCCUCUUAAAUGGAGAUUGGGACGAAUCAAACAAGUAUAUCCCGGUGCUGACGGUGUCUCCCGGGUGGCAGAUAUCUACACAGCAGCUGGGGUAACAAGAAGAGCAUUUUCUAAGAUAUGCCCUUUACCACUGCAGCCAGAAGAGUAA